CGCUCUUCGUUUGAGUCCUGGCGCGGUUCUGUGGUGAACUUGUCUCCAUGGCGACUGGACGCGGUCGGAUCAUGCAGCAGCACUGGCUCGGCUUCCAGACGCUGCGCGGGCCCAGCAGGGGCGGUGGCGCGGCCCGGGGGCGCGCCAGGGCCUUUGGGUUCAGAAAGGGGCCAGGGGUCAAGCUUUCUGCAGGCUCUGCUGCCUUGAGGUGCCAUGCCAGAAGUGGACAGCACUGGGAGAGCUCUUUCUCCUGCUGUUCUGGGUUCCUGGAUGGAAUGCCUUCGGAAAUCUUGCUGAAGAUAUUUUCCUACUUGGAUGCUGUGAGCCUUCUGUGUACUGGAUGUGUGAGCAGGCGCUUUUAUCAUCUAGCCAAUGACAAUUUUAUUUGGAUCAGAAUCUACUUAACUGCUUUUUCACCUACAAGAUCAAAUUGGAAAGUUAAUUCAGUAGAGAAGAUAGCUAUGUCUAUGAGCUUUCUGUCAGUUCAGGAUAAAGAAGCUGGUUAUUGGAAGAAAGAAUAUAUCAUAAAACAAAUAGCAUCUGUAAAAGCUGCACUAGCUGACAUUCUCAAACCUGUCAACCCUUACACAGGUCUUCCAGUUAAGACCAAAGAGGCCCUCAGAAUAUUUGGUUUAGGUUGGGCAAUUAUACUGAAAGAGAAAAGUGGAAAAGAAUAUAUCAUGGAGCAUGUUGAUCUUUCCAUAAAUGACACAUCAGUUACUGUUACGUGGUAUGGCAAAAAAUGGCCAUGCCUAGCAUCAUUGUCAACCUUAGAUUUAUGUGGCGUGACACCAGUUUUUACAGACUGGUAUAAAACUCCCACCAAACAUAGACUCCGAUGGCAUUCUUUAAUUGCAAAGUACGAUCUGAGUCAUUUGACCGUAUCUACCAUGAUUGGCUGUGACAGACUCAUUCGGAUCUUCUGCCUGCACCCUGGCCUCCUGGUGGGAGUGUGGAAGAAGGAGGAAGAACUGGCUUUUGUUAUGGCAAAUCUUCAUUUUCAUCACCUUGUGGAGAGGAGCACAUUAGGCUCGGCCACUAUGCCCUAUGAACUGCCUCCACAUAGCCCCUUUUUGGAUGAUAGCCCCGAGUAUGGACUGCACGGCUACCAACUCCAUGUUGAUCUGCACAGCGGUGGGGUUUUCUACCUAUGUGGUACAUUUCGCAAUCUCUUCACCAAGAAAGGAAAUAUUGAAAAUGGACACGUGAAGCUCAUUGUUAUACAUUUAAAAAAUAACAGAGAACACCUACCUCUUAUUGGAAAAGUUGGCCUCUCGUGGAAAACUGAUAUUUUUGAUGGCUGUAUAAAGAGUUGUUCCAUGAUGGACGUAACUCUUUUGGAUGAACAUGGGAAACCCUUUUGGUGUUUCAGUUCCCCAGUGUGCAUGAGAUCACCUACCACACCCUCUGACGGCCCUAGCUUCUUGGGACAGACGUACAACGUGGACUACGUUGAUGCGGAAGGAAGAGUGCACUUGGAGCUGGUGUGGAUCAGAGAGACCGAAGAGUACCUUAUUGUCAACUUGGUCCUUUACCUUAGUAUCGCAAAAAUCAACCAUUGGUUUGGGACUGAAUAUUAGCAGUAGGUGGCAAAUUAUUGUUGUUAUUUAGUUGUUUAUUUUUGACUGGCUUUGUUCUUGGUGUUGAAAGUUAAAAUAAAGCAAAUCUGCAGA